AUGAAGGUGCCAGACAAAUUUGUACGCCUGUGGAACAAAAGCUAUGAUGACUGCCAAGUGGAGUGCAGCAAAAAUUGCUCAUGUGUAGCAUAUGCUUAUGCUAAUCUAAGCACCAGCAACAUUGAUGGGGAUGCAACAAGGUGCCUGAUGUGGACCGGGGAGCUGAUUGAUGUGGAGAAGGGUCGCACCAUCGGCUAUGAGAACCUGUAUCUCCGCCUUGCUGCCUUGUCAAGCAAAGGGCGAAAGAGCAUCGUAAUAAAAGUUAUACCAGCAAUUUCAGCAAGUGUGUUGCUGAUACUUCUAUUGGCAUGCCUUGUAUGGUUCCGCAAGCUUAAAGGCAAACAUGACAAGGAAGGAAGAUCAAAGAGACUGAUAAUGGGGGGUUUGCGCAUUAGUGAUGGACUUGGAGAGGAAACUCAUGAACUUCCAUUUAUUAGCUUCGAGGAAAUAGUUGCUGCAACAAACAACUUCUCUAUGUCCAAUUUACUUGGAGAAGGCGGCUUUGGCAAAGUUUACAAGGGGCUCUUACAUGGCAACAAAGAAGUUGCUGUUAAAAGGCUGAGUAGAGGUUCUGGGCAGGGGGCAAUAGAGUUCAGUAAUGAAGUAGUUGUGAUUGCUAAACUGCAACACAAGAACCUUGUAAGGCUUGUCUGUUAUUGUGUGCAGGGUGAUGAAAAGCUACUUAUUUAUGAGUAUCAACCAAACAAAAGCCUUGACACCUUCCUUUUGAAUUCUGAAAAGAAGUCAAUGCUCCACUGGCCGACACGAUUCAAUAUAAUAAAAGGAGUGGCUAGGGGGCUACUCUAUCUCCAUCAAGAUUCAAGACUGAUGAUAAUUCAUAGGGAUCUGAAAACAAGCAACAUUUUGCUAGAUGGAGAUAUGAAUCCCAAGAUAUCUGAUUUUGGCAUGGCAAGAAUCUUUGGUGGAGAUGAGCAACAGGCGAACACUAACCGAGUUGUCGGAACAUACGGUUAUAUGUCUCUAGAAUAUGCAAUGGAAGGCCUCUUUUCUGUUAAGUCUGAUGUCUAUAGCUUUGGAGUGUUGCUCUUGGAAACUGUAAGUGGUCUAAGGAUUAGCUCAACCGAGAACAUCAAGGAGUUCCCCAACCUUAUAAUAUAUGCAUGGAGUCUAUGGAAGGAAGGGUUAGCAAUGGAUUUGGUGGAUCCUUCAGUUCCAGAGGGCUGCUCGAAUGAAGACGUUUUGUGUUGCAUCCAUGUUGGGCUCUUGUGUGUUCAGGAUGAUCCGGAUGCCAGACCACUCAUGUCAACCGUUGUAUCAACCUUGGAGAGUAGAAGCACACCACUUGCAAGGCCUGAUAAGCCACUGUAUUUUUCUCAGAGAAAUAAGGCAGCAAAGAGAGCAGACUACGGUGAGGACUCUGUGGAUAUGGAAGCCCUUACAGUACUGGAGGGGCGAUAG